AAGAAACCGGCUGUGUGAACGACUACAUCAUUGCAAGAACCCCUUGACAAAAAAAUAAAUCCUCGGCUCUUCAGUUUUGUUCGGAACGAGCAGGACACACGAAGACCUACACGAUUCAGACGCGGGCGAUAGGCAACCGGCGAGCGUGAGCGGGACUGCUGCAGCAUGGGACUCAGCUGCUUCAAGUCCUGGAAACGUGAGAGAGCAGGCCUCAAAGGGAACAGAGACGUGCUGGCCAGUCCGGGCUCGUAUUUCUUCCUGUCCAACAGCGCCGGCCAGGGAGACGAGUGGCUGAAAAGCCUCAACAAGGGAGUCUGGAUCCCCUUCACAGGCGUCUUCGGCCAGCGUCUGGAGGAGACGGUGCUGUACGAGCGCCGCUACGGCGUACGCUCGGUUCCCCUGGUGGUGGAGCAGUGCGUGGCCUUUAUACGGGAGCGCGGCCUCCAGGAGGUGGGCUUAUUCCGCCAGCCGGGGCAGGCCAGACUGGUGAGGGAACUGCAGGAGGCCUUCGAUGCCGGGGAGAGGCCCACCUUCGACAGGUCCGGACAUAACACAGAUGUCCACACGGUGGCGUCACUGCUGAAGCUCUACCUGCGACAGCUGCCAGAGCCUCUGGUUCCUUUCAGCCACUACCAGGACUUCCUGCUCAGUGGCCAAAAGCUUUCAAGUGACCGCACGCAGGGAUUGGGCGAGUUGAGAAAUCUACUUCAGGGGCUACCGGUGGCAAAUUUCAACCUAAUUAAGUUCAUAUGCCAGUUUCUCAACGAAGUCCAGAGUCACUCAAAAGGGAACAAGAUGAGCUGCCAGAACCUGGCCACAGUCUUUGGACCGAACAUUCUCCGAGCCAAAGCAGAGGACCCUCAAACCAUCAUGGGAGGUGCGUCACUUGUUCAGACGCUGAUGUUGGAGCUGAUCAGGGAGCACCAGUCCCUUUUCUCCAGAGUCCCGAUACCGGUUCCUGCGCACACGGCCGAAGGGUUUUAUGCAUCGGCCGCUGCUCUCGGACGACCUCAUCUGGAGCAGCAGCCCCCCUGCCUUCGUCAAAUGUCGCUGCCACUUAUUGCGGAGGGUUGUCAGGAGCCGGGAGAGCGUACCAGCUGUAUCUCCUCAGCUGCGGCCACAUCGGACGUGACUCCAGGCCACGCGAGAUACCAGGGACACCGCUACACCUCGUCACAUCCGGAAAACUGCUUCUUCCCGCUACCUUCCUCAAGUCAGCCUCAUCAGAAGCAGCACGGGGGGAGAACUACUGAUCGCCACCAGCACUCGACCAGUUGUGGAUUGUCGGCCGCAAAUGUCCACAGCGCUGCGGAGCCUAGCCGUGAGGACACGGGCUGGCUUGAGGUCUGGACCGGUCUGGGACAGGCAAACGACAGAGGCGGGCAUCUGUGGGGUCCUGGUGCUACCGAGACAGCAGUGGGAGGCGACGGACCUGAAGCAGUCAGCGGGGCCGCUAGUGAGGCCCAGGAAGACAGCAUCCCGUCUGAUUAUGAUAACGUGAACCGAGCACCGUCUAGUCAGGCCAUGGAAGAGAUCAAUGCUGAAUAUUUAGACGCGAAUGGUGAGGGACACUCGAAUGAAGUGUCAGAGGAGGCGUGGCAGACGGUCGACGACUCCUCGUCGUGGUCCUCGUGUGAGGUUUUACCACCGGACAAGAGCCUGAGUCCUGAGGGUCCGGUUAGUUUCUGCAUGUUGCCAAAGUUAUCCCCCUCAAGUCAAACAGAAGAAGAUGAAAAAAACCUCGAUGGUUAUCCAGGAAGUGACCCUAACGGAGAACACCAUCCAAACACCCCAACGUCCGGUUCCAUACUCAGUCCCCUCAGCACAGGGAGCUCGGAGGUGUUCCUCCUGUCUGGCCCUCCUGAACUUCCGGGCACAGAGCCACAGUCACACCCCGACUAUGCGCACCCGCUGCUGGCCGAGCUUCGGCAGCAGAUGGCCCAGCAGAGAACCGAGUACCAGGACAGGAUACACAGGUUGGAGCGCUGCAACGACGCCCUGGAGCGGCAGGUGGCGGCGCUGCGCGACCGCCUGGAGCGGCAGAGGCGCAGCCAGAGCGCGGCCGAGGUCCGGAUCCGCGAGGUGGAGCGGGCGCGGGCCGCCGCGGACCGCCGCAACUCCACGCUGCAGGCCGACAUGGAGCUGUUUUUCCGGACGUACAGAAAGAUCAAAACCCGGGAACAGGGGGAUGACGAUUACGUUGACGACAGACGUGGGAAAAGGGAACGCGCCUUAAAGAGCCUGUGAGGACAGAUGGAAAAGAUUGAUUAGGUAAACAGAAGACGGUGGAUUGACGACAUUUUACCGCGGUUCUCUCCCAACCACUGCUUUUGUACACGCAACACUUGGAACGUCUGUAUCCAAUUGCAUGAAUGAGCUUUUACAA